UGGGCUGCUCUGAUUUAAAAGCAGACUGCUGGCUUUAUCAGGGCAUGGGCACAAGUGACCUUACACUGCAAACAAAAUGCUGCUUCUAGCUUCAGCUUUUUUUCUAACACUACUGCAGUGCUCUAAUGCCCAAAGCGAAACAAGCAUUACACCUGCAGACUGUAACACCAUUGAAACAGAGGCAGGAGUGGCCCUGGAUCUGGUCAACAGACAUCGCAGAGAUGGAUAUGUUUUUGGUUUAUUCCGUGUUGCUGAUGCACAUGAACUACGCUUAGGAAAUUCAUCCAUCCUCUAUUUAACUUUGGAUGUGCUGGAAACUGAAUGCCCUGUCUUAUCCAGAAAACACUGGGAGUCCUGUGAAUACAGUGACACCUAUCCCAAGGACUUUGGGCAAUGUAAGAUUAUCACAUAUACAGACCAUCUGCUGAAGAAACCUCAACUAUAUGGAUUUAAUUGUACAUUAAGUCCAGUUCCACCUGACUUACUAGAGUGCAAAGAUUGUCCUGUGAAAAUYGAAGCUUUAGAAGUCACUGAGCAACAUAAAGAUAUUGCUGCAAAGGCCYUGAAGAAAUUCAACAGUGAAGGUAACCACACAAACAACUUUGCUGUGGAUAAAGUUGAAAAAAUUUUAAAGAUGACCGCCUCCCGUGAAGGUCACAUUUUAGAAUUCUCUAUAAAAGAGACCAACUGCUCCAAAUCUAUUCAGCAAGAAGAUCAGGCACUGGAAUGUGAUUUUCUGCAUGACUGGCAUGCUCACACUGGAUUCUGCAAGGCAAGAGUUAUCAGUGAUGCAGAUGAAGCUGAUGGAACAGAUAUAAGCUGUGAAAUCUACCAUCCAUGGCACCAUGGCUGUGGGCGAAGAGGCAAAUAUUCAGCUCUGGGACAUCCACACAGACAUCCCCAUUGUCAUCAUYAUUUUGGUCACAGACAUCGCCAUAAGCAUCAUCACAGACAUGAAUGUCCACCCUCUUCUCAACCCAGCCCUGAAGACCCUGAGCACAACCCCAAACCCAACAAGGAAGAUCAAGACAGCAAUGAAGGACCUGCUACUUCKUCCCCUUCUUCCCAUGAUGAGCCAGAU